AGGGAACACUUUCAUCGUCGUCGUCAUCGUCGCUCGAACGCUGGUUUCUAUUAUCAUUCCUCUUUAUUCACGUAUUACCACGUAGCGAUAUUCUCGUUGUUAAAGUCUGGUUUUAUCUUCGGUGCUUGUUCGUAGCUGGUGCAGCUGUGUGGUUUCAAUGUUAUUUCAACGUUCUUGAAUAUCAGAAAAAAAUACUAUCGAUAACUAUAAAACGAUUUGUAAAAAAUGCCGAUUGACGUUUUAUGUGAAAUCAGAGAAACAAGUGUCCCCAUAUAGUUGAAGGUACAUUGUGUCAUAGCCAUCAAAGCAAAGAGAAAAAACGCGAAAAAAAAUCGAAAUCACUUUUUGAGUUGAAGGAAAAAAAAUAGAAAAAGUACGAUAUAGCAGUACGCGUGCAUCAGAGAAGUUGAAUAAAAGUCACGUUUGCAGUCGACAGAAAAAAAAAACAGAAUUUUCUAUGAACAUUGAUCACAUUCGAGCAGACACACAAUAAUAAAUGUACUAAAGAAUGCGAAGAGCGCAACAAAGGCACAACAAUAACAACGUUUAAUGUAAAUCGUGUAUGCAUUUUGUGCACCAAACAAGAACUUGCAGAAACAAAGUGGUGUGUUGUGAAGAGAAAAAAAAGGACAAACACGGUUCGACAAAGCCUAAGAGUGAACGGCGCAAGAACAUGGCACAUGGGUGUUUUUCCUCUACAAACGGAACUCAUUCCAGUGGAUUAUUUUUGAAUGAAUGAAUCGAUUUUCGGACAUUAUUUGACCAAAACAGAUCAAAUCAAGACUACUGAAACCUCUUUUCAAAAUAAAAAUAAACAAUAAUUAUCAACAAAAACAUCUUGUGUGAAUCAAAUCUUGGAUUUUGAAGCAAAAAGAGAAUCAGUUUAUGUUGAUGUUUUGAGACAAGAAAAAAAAGAAACUACAUUAAAAGCCAUUAAAUGAAGAAAACCGAAGAAUUUUGCUCGGGUAGCGAGAAUUAAACGACGAGGUGUGAAUGGGACUUAAUUGAAUUGAAAUUGCCGCUCUCGAAUGUUUUAAUAUGUUGCGAAAAAUUCCCAAUUAUGAGUACCGCGAUAAUAACAAAAAUACCAGUGACAGUAGCAGCGGCUGCGAGGACGAUUUCGACGCCGACGACAGUUAUGUAAAUGAUGGUGAUGAGCAUUCGAAUGAAAUGGAGCCAACAGCAGCCACCGCAUUGAAUCUUUCGCCGAUGCCACAUUUUCCUCCGCCACCCGACUAUCCACCGCCAGCCGCACGAACAACACAAACCCCACAGCGAAGUCGUUAUUACUAUUACGAAAACGGUAAAACCGAUAUGAAUGGCAGUCGGCGCCGCGUUGGAAGUUUAGAUAGAGAUUGCGGUUACACAACUGAUGGAAAUGAAAUUUGUAGCCAAUACCUACACAACGGCUCGAACCCGACGAGCAGCAGUCACAGUGCGAAUAAUAGCUUCAGCAGCACGAGUAGUUCUAGUAAUAGCUCUGUAGUCAUGCAUAAAAUGAAAAUGCCACCGUCUCAAAUGCGAUAUCCGCCGCCAACAAAUACAAAUACAAACACAAACGAUUUUGAUAGCAUUGAAAUCUUUUCGACGGAACAGGAGAAACGUUUCCCAAAUAAAACGCUCUCGUCAUUAUCGAAAAGUAGCAAAAAUAAAAUACACCAGGACGGCAUUCGUGCGACGGGUACGAACAGCAACCAAAAUAUUAACGUUGUCGAGCUGUUCGAACAGAAUCUGAUUCCGUUCGGUGGUAGUGCAGCCAGUUUUGCACGUGAGUCUAAAAUCCAUACCAACAACGCUGAACCACAGGUGAAAUGGGUUCGAACGAAUAUUUCAGCAACAAUGGAGCGAUUCCAUCCGAGUCCAUCGACAUCAAAACACACCAACACAGCUGCCGAACAUCUGUACCAGCAGAUCGAUGAGUCACCCCGAUCUCUGCGAUCUCGGUACGAUUUUGAAAGAAAUCUAUCAUUGGUAUCGGCCGGACCAUCGAAACCACCACCGCCGAAUUCAAUGCGCGCAUUGAUGAUGACCGCGAAUCGAAAUGCUCACAAAAUGUCACCAACAAUGCGUCACAUGUACACGACACGUUAUGGAACACAAGAGAAUAUUUACGAGGAAAUCACAAGUGAAGAACGGUUGCGACUAUUGUCCGGUGGUCAUUCAAUGAUGUCGCUGCACCAAACCAGUUCAGUCGAAGAGGAGUUUCGACGCGUACAGAAUCGACAUCGUCGAAUUUUAGGUGAAUUAAAUUUAUCGGUGGAGGCAAUGCUGAUGCCUUCGACACCGCCAAGUGAAAGUCCCAUCGCGCAGACUGAAGCACAGGAAACAGAAACGACGACGGCCUCGACAACACGUCUCAAUGAAUUACUGAAUGUAGUUGGUCCGACCGAUGAACUUUUGUCGCCGGUCAGCAUCAAUGCGGCCAACAAUAAUAACACGGGUGAUAUCGAUAGUGGCUUUAGCGGUAGCUCCAGCAGCGGAGGUGCAAGUUAUUUGGGUAGUUUACGUUAUAAAAAUGGUUUGCCAAUACGAUCGUCAACGCCAAACGGACAUAGCAGUGCAAGCAGUUGUCGUUCGUCGCAAAGAUCAAACGAAGACCCAGGCAUUUUAAUGAUUUCGACACGUUCGUCGCCACUUUAUGGAAACGGCAUUAUGAAUGGCAGUACACACGGUACACACACACUAGCGAAGGCCAAUCGAUUUCGGUCGGCCGAGGAUCCUGGACCGAAUGCCACAUACAAAGAUGGAAAAGUGGUUGUGAAUGGCGUGACUUCGACAAAUCGAAGCGGCAGCGGAUUUUGGAGUAGAAAGAGCUGGCGAAAGUUGCCGGGUUUUUCAAGCAACACUAGCGUUAAUAAAGCCGGAUUGAACAACGAUCGGAAAAAUAAUUAUAGCUGAACAUGCGAAAGUUCUAAUGAAUAAAAUGUCGGUUGGCAGAGAACGAGCAAAAAUGGCAACAUGUCAUUUAUUUAUUGGCGCUGAGUAAUUAUGAUACAUACGCAUUAUGAGUGUGAUUAACGUGAUGAUAGAUUUUAAAAUCUAUGGCCUAUUCGUAUAUUUCGUAUAAAUAAGUUAUCGAAGUUCGCUAGCCGAAGCACUCGCCCUGGCGAAUUGAUGUAUGUACGUGCGUGCAUGUGUCUAAAAUGCAUAUUUUAGCAGCCUAAAGGCGCAAAAAUUCGACAAAUUAAAUGAAAAAAGAAUUCAAAUUAAACAUUAACAUUAGAUUUAAGUAGAUACUGAUAUUCAAAUAUAAAAUUUACAGAAAAACGAAUGAAAAUCAAACUAAUGCCAGUGUGCAAAUGCAGUUCUUCAUUUUUAAUCGAUCUGAAUGUAAAUAAAAAAAAAGAAUGCAUACAAUUGUAACAUUUUAACGAUUCAAAUGACAAACUCUGAAGUUCAAUACACUGAAUGUGAAAUGAGGUGAUGGAUGGGAAGCGAGAGAAAAUACUUCCCCGUCAUCGUUGCAGAGGUAACACUCUGCCGAAGCAUUUUUCCAUCAUUUUAUUUCAUACUAAAAUAGUUUACAAUAACAAAAGUUUAUAGAUGAAUAUUCAAAUCUUGGCAAAUUUGCCGAAAUGUCUUCGGGUAGGGCGAUUUCAAUUGUAGAUUUUAUGUAGUUUAAUGUAGUGUAUUUACUUUUUUUAUGUAGGAACAAUUUUUUUGAGUAAUCGGCUAUCGAAAAACCGCUCCAAAAUGGCGAUACUCAAAUCUUGGUCAAAAAACGAAUUUUCCAUGAAUCAAAUGUUUUACUUUUCCGCAAACUUUGUUUGUAUGGAAAAGAAUUGGUUUUACUAGCGAAAAUUUCAUGACAUCUCCUCUUUCGGACCACUAUAACGUCACGCUAAACUUCAAAAAGCACAUAUUUGUACACUAGGCAAUGUAGAUGGGAUGAAAUCCUAUCGAUCAAGACCUAUCUGCCUCCAAAAACAUGUUGUUUACUAUGAAAAAUGUGCAAAAUUGCGAUGUUCGCCGUAACUACAAUUAAAUUCCGACCACUACAAUAACCGUAGGUGGUUCCACAAUUAUUUUUAGGUCACUACAAUUAAUUCUGGGUUACUACAAUUAAUAAAACAGUUUGGACCAUUUUUGGAGCAUUUUUUCUCCCUACAAAAACAAAACACUGCUGUUGUCAAAUAAGUUGUUGAAAAUAUCAAGAAUCGGACGACUGAUUUGAAUUCUACAUUUUUUCUACAAUUUUAUGGACCCUAGAAACAAUAGAAAAAAGAUUUAGCUUGUGGAAAGUUCGAUUUGGGGCCAAGAUUUGAGUAUUACCGAUUUUGGACCAAUUUUCAUGACUCGUCCCGAUAUCGAACGAACGGGCAGACAUAUUUGAAAACAGACAAUUGAUUUGAAUUCUACAAUUUAUCUGCAUUUUUUUGAAACCAUGGUUCCAACCAAUGUAUUCUCCAUUCGAAAAAACAUUUGAUUCAUGGAAAAUUCGUUUUUUGACCAAGAUUUGAGUAUCGCCAUUUUGGAGCGGUUUUUCGAUAGCCGAUUACUCAAAAAAAUUGUUCCUACAUAAAAAAAGUAAAUACACUAGAUUAAACUACAUAAAAUCUACAUUUGAAAUCGCCCUACCCGAAGACAUUUCGGCAAAUUUGCCAAGAUUUGAAUAUUCAUCUAAGUUUAUGCAUAAGAAUAAAUUGUGACUGAUUUCAAAUUUUAUGAUGCCACUAGUUCAGCUGUUAAAAAUGAUAAUUCGAAGAUGGUCCGAUGAAAAAAAAACACAAAUUUUUGAAACUCAUGUAUAAAGGGACAAUAUUUUGUUUUAGUUUUUUUUUUUCUGGUUCGCGUUUCAAUUCUCGAAUGUUGAACGGAAUACUUCUCGAAAUUUUCGAUAAUCUAACAAAUAAAAUAGCAUACAUAGUGAUUCUUUCUUAAAGGAGUCUAUAUAUGUGUAUAUGCACAAUCUGUGUCUAGACAUAAAUGUUGUUUUUCGAUGGGAUCAGCUUACCGAUAAUCUAUAAACAGUUUUCAGUUGAGUUCAACAUGGUGCUUUUAUUGAAAACUCUCGUUGUAAAUAUGAAAAAUCAAUCCGUCGGCUUUCGCACACACACACACACACACACACACACACACACAUGAUAUCAAAUAUUUUAUCAUUUUCCAUCCGAUCACGCCGUUACAUUUGCACACUCUUUUUUCUUUGACAUAGACAACUUCUUCCAAUUCGAAAUUUAAAAUGUUGCAACACGAAUAAAAUGUGGCAAAUCACAACCAAUUUCUGGCUAUUCGAAUAAAGACUCGACGUUGUAUUGAAAACAGUCCCUAAUUGUGCCAUGUUAUUACUAAAUGUUUACAAUAAACAUGAAAAUGAAAAUGUUUUUAAAACUCAAAUUGCCGAGCCGUUCAAAAGUGGACAUUCAUUUUUGUUAGAAUAGCUUGUUGCCGCGGAAAUAUAGCUUUCAGGUCAAUUUACAUAUACAAUAUUCACAAUAGUCCCGUUCAUUAAAAAUAACAACUCACACAAACGCAAACAUACACACAGACAUAGAGCACGGCUGCUUAGCUAAACGCUUUUAUAUAUUCCAAUUGUACGCGCGCGAUUCAAUAUUAAAAUGAAUUCCACACCAAUGCAAUUUAAUAUUCACAGCAGCAAGCACACUCUUUGCGAGGUUAUUCGCAGUGUGCCGCGCAAUAAAAUGCAUUAUUCAAAUUGGUAUAUCAAUGAAAACGCGACUAUUUUCACAACCGACAAGCACUCAGAGUGGAAAUUCCUGUGCAUAGAAUGGGAUGUUCCAUCACUCCCUCCGAUUACAAAACAUACACACUCAAUUUCAUUUUUGUACUCUCCAUUUAUUUUCAUAGUUUACAAUCUGAACAGUUAUAUAAGGAAACUAAUGAAAUGAGACGCAUUAUUUUUAGCAAAUUCCAACCACAAACAAAAAUUGUAAACAAUAAUAUUGAAAUCUAAAUGUUUAUAACAAACAGAAAAAAAAACACAGAAUAAAAAAUAGAAUUAUUUGAAUACUAUAUGAAUAUGGAUUAAAUCAUUAUAUUUGGUCAAUCAAAUAAGGAGUAAAUGCUAGAAUAUGCGAAAUGGAAAGCAGAAUUUUAAAUUAUAAACAAAAAUAAAUGAAUUGAUUUAAAGGAA